AUGACGUGGUUGGAUCAUAAUCCCAUCCGCAUACGACUCAAGUCACCCCUGUUCCGACCCCGCCAGGUGUCCUGGCGUCUCAAUGAAUCAAUUCUGGCAGACCCAGCCCUGAUCACCGCUACCAAACAAACCAUCCAAGACUACUUCCUUGCUAACAAGACGGACGACACGACACCCUUGCUGUGCUGGGAGGCUUCGGGGUCACUUUAUUGCGCACUGUUCCGCGCGGAAAAAGGCACACAGCCAGACAAUAACGGACCUCAACAAGGAUAUUGCGGAACUGGAAUAUCGUUAUAAGCAGACUCUGGACCCCUCGACCUACCGUGAGCUCCUUCUGAACGGCACCCAACUCACAGGACACCUGAACCGAGCAAUCCAACGUUCUUUCCAACAAUUCCAACAUAUGGUGUAUGAACACGGGAAUAAAUGCGGCAGACUCUUAGCAACCCUACUAAAAAAGCGCAGGAACUACCUUUAUAUUCCCAAGAUUCAAAAUGCCGCUGGGCGAAUGUGCCACCUACCGGACCAGAUCUCAGCCGCAUUCACCCAAUAUUAUGAGGACCUCUACAAUCUACGACGAGACACACAGGCCAUCGAAACACCCCGCAGGAGUGAGGCGAUCCGCGUGUACCUGGACUCAGCAGAAUUGAAUCAAAUAGAUGCCUCGGACCGAGACGAAUUGGAGGCCCCCAUAACCAUGGAAGAGCUGGCAUGCACAAUCAAAAAGGCUAAGACGAGUAAAGCGCUGGGACUCCCACUAUUGUAUUAUAAAACCUUACUAUUGGACCUCCUACCGAAAUUACAUUCGGCUCUGAACUCGAUCCUAGACGGCGCAACCCUGUCAACCCCAUUCACGGCUGCAAACAUCACACUCCUCCUGAAAGAUGUGUGUGCAAGCUACUGCCCGAUAUCGGUCCUGGACGUGGACGUCAAGCUUCUGGCCAGUGUGAUGGCAGGCCGCUUGGCGCCAUUACUCCUGGACAUGGUCAAACCAGAUCAAACAGGGUUCAUUCCCAGGAGAGAGCACAGGCACUGA